CCACCACCACCACCACCACCACCACCACAACUCCCAUCACUCAACCACCAAAAAAAUAAAACACCUACACAACAAGCAAAAAUGGCUAGAAUUUCCGCACCAACCAUCAAAGCUGCCAAAAUCCCGAAGCACAUCAUUAAGAUCGGCAUGACCCCCGAGCAAUACUUUGGGCUAAAGAUUCACCUCAAGUCCAUUAUUCUCCCUGGAACUCCCGGAUUCGAAGGUAAGCGUUUCUCUAGCAAGAGUGCGUACCGUGAAUGGCUCAAUCAGGCCCUUCGGGAAAUCGGACCGAGGUUUUUCCCAGGGGGUGGGAAGGGGUUGGUUUGGCCUCUGGAUUAUGAUAGGUGUGUUUUCUUUUUUUUCUAACUUGAUUCUUUUUUAUAUUGUCACGAUUGAGUUGGGUAGACUAAAACUGGCGCUAUAGGAUCUACGGUGCGGUUAAUCAUGUUAUCCAGGCCUUGAGUUAUCAGAUUAGGAAGGAUCAUAAGAAGAAGAUGGAAAGAUCGAGGGUUGCUGGAGGAGAGAAUGAUAAUGGGACGGGGGCGGCUGAAGAUGGUGAACAUUGCGGAGGCAGCCUUGCUGAUGACACUAAUGUUGACGAAGCUGCCACCAUGUCUGAUGAGGAAUCUGUGCAGGAGCAGAAGCAAGAGGAGGAGAUAGUUGUGGACCAGAAUCUCCUCGACGAGGAAACCAUGCGAGAAGAACCAAUCGAAUUGGAAGACCUCUCGGAUUUCAAGAAGGUACGCUUUCCAAACACCCCCUCCCCUACUACCUAGGCGCUAACAAAAUGUUUUUUAUAGCCUGAGGUGUUUGCUGAGUUCGCCGACCUCGCUGAUGAGCAUUUCAACUGGGCUGAUGUUACAGGUGCUGCCCGCCCUGAACAGGUACGUUAUUUGCCCAACUUUGGCCGAUCCGGUCUCUCAAUUCAGAGUGAUGAAGCUAAGCUUUGGGGGAGCAGAGUAUUCGCCUCCUCUUGCUGAUUGCCUAACUUGGCAUCAAUUUUUUCCUCCUUUCAUUGGAGACUCGAGAUGACCCUCCUUAUUGUUUUCUUGCUUAACUAUCUAUGGGGGUGAAGAGAUGAGGGUUUUUUCUGUUGCUGUAGUCUGAUUUUUUUGUAUGCUAGAUUGAAAAAAAAAAAAAAUAGCGAAAUAGUCUUGUCCCUUAUAUUCGGGUUCAAUUUGCCUUCUCACCCGUUGCUCCUUUAUGGAAAUUUUGUCGUGAAGUGACACCUUCCCAAGAUAGGGUGUAUGUUGCUUGGCCAAGGUUCUGCCACCACAGAACCUCAAUCCGUUGACAAAGAACAUCGCCAGGGCACAUUGGGUCAUAAGUGCAAUUCCUGAGAAUGAGAAUGAGUCAAAACUGUCGAUUCAUCUCACGGGGGGUAGCCUUACCGGUAUUGUGGAGAAUUGACAUAAAUAUUUAUUCAGUAAUAAUGCAGGGGUCUUUCCUAGAGUUUAAAUAUUUCCACAAAAGAAUUUCUCCCGCUUUCGGCCACCACACUUUAUUGCAUUGACGCUGUUGGGUGGCUUCUCGUGGAUGCUGGAAACGAAUUUCCUAUUGAAAAUCCACCAACAAAAACCGCUCCACAAUUAUUAGUCAGAUCCUUACGAGUGCAAUUACAGUCCCUACUGCCACAUUGAUGGCC